AUGGGCAAGGGCCCCCGACCUCUCCAUGGCUUCCAGAACUUUCUGGCAGAUGGCAGGUCAGGCCAGAGCGGCGUCAGACGCCACGAAGGCCCCACAGAUCUGGGCUCCAAGCUGUGCCCAGUGGGUGGGCUGGACAGCCUCAUCACCGAGGCACUCAACGGCCUGGGAUACCAGUCGGACAACCCCGAGAUCGACAGCAGCUUCAUCGACGUCUUUGCUGACGAGGAGCCUUCUGGCCCCAGAGGUCCCGGGGCUGGGCACCCCCCCAGGACCAGGGUGGGGACGACGCCAGAGAGUAAAGCCCAGACCCCGCUCCCAGCUGGGGCCACCCCACCAGAGCCCCCGGGCCCCCGGCCAGGCAGUGGGAGCCACGCAGCCCGCAGCAGGCCCCAAACCCGCUCCCUGGGCCCAGCGCCUGCGGACACAGAAGGAGCUGGCCCGGCCGGCCAGCACAGGAGAGGGAAGCGGUUUAAGUUGUUCCAGAAAGAGCUGGACGCAUCAGGCACCACCAAGAGCCGCAAGGGCCCCAGAGCCACCCGCCCGAGGCCGAGGAGGAGAGGCCACGGGGCUGAACCGUCCCUGCCCCGCCUCCGGGACCUCAGAACCCAGGCCGCGGAGAGCCAGGGCCAUCCUGCCAGACAGGCCCUGCCCGUGGAGACCAGGAGCUCCCAGCGCCUACGGCGCUCCCCGGGGAAGGACUGCAGGAGGAGGCGGCUGCGGGGCGGGACCUGGAGCAAGGAGCUCAUCCACAAGAUCGUCCUGCAGAAGAACAAGCACCCCAGGGGGCAGGGGCAGGGCGGGCGCUGCCCCCCAGGGUCCUCGGGGCCGGCACCCAGCAGCGCCCACGUCGGGCCCCAAGGGCUCGCGUGCGCCUCGGAGUCCGAGGAGGAGGACGGCUCGCGGCCGCCGGGCUCCCGCUUCAGAGGCCGGCCCCGCCACGGCUGUCGGCGGUGGCGCCGAGGCGCCAGGCACAGGGAGGUGGCUGUGACCCCGGGCCCCAAGGAGGAUCCAGGGCGGCAGAAACCCAGGAAGGUGGCGAGGCAGGAAGCCGCAAAGGACAGGGGCUGCCGGAGCCCAGGCCCCGAGCAGGGAGGCCCCGGGCACCUACCGCAGGCUCCCGCCGGCACCAAGGCCCCAGAGGAGACCCGUCCAGCGCCGGACAUCCCCCAAGACGCCAAGAGCCCUGAAACCGCCGAGAGGCUGCCCCCGGAUGCCACGAAAGGUCCCGGGGAGGUUGCAAGCUCGUCUCCAGCCCCCUGUGCAGGAGGAAGCCCCCGCCCCCCAGCCCCAGAGCGGCCGGAACCCGGCAGAGAGGACGCCCGGGCGUGCCGUGGGAGCUCGCCAGCAGCAGGUGCAGGCGGUCUGCCGGGCACUGCCCGGCGCACGGAGCCGCCCGUCUCCCGGGACAGAGAGGACGCCCCUGCCUACCCCCCGGGACCACUGCUGGUGCCUGUCGCUAACACCACCGACCCCGCCUACCUUGAACCUGGAGUCCUGUUUUUGAAGACCCCCGAUCUUGGCUGCAACUCCGCUCCUUUUAACGGAGACUCCGUGGGGGAUCCAUUUGCCAAAAAGGGACCCCAGCCCUACGGCAGCCCCCCCGGCAAAUUGUUCCUUGGACCCAAAGACCUGCCUGGCUGUUUCCAAGAAGACCUGUACUCCAAGCCCUUAGCUUCAGGCGGUCUGCCUGCCAGCGACAUGCACCUUCCUCAGGAGGCUGUGGACACCGGUUCCCUCGAGCCAGAACCACCCAGGAAUCCAACCUAUACGAUCCGAGUGGGCCCGGUCAGGGCCGAUUCGCCGCCGUUGACCUUGGAGUCCACACCCCUCUUCCCGGGGCUUCCUGUGGACAGAUUGGAGCCGCCAAUCUACAGCAGCCUGUCCGGAAGUGGACUCACACGCCCCUCCCUGGUGUGUGCCACCCCUCCACCAAGGAAACCCCAGUUAGAGCCGCCAUACUCCCCGUUUCUGCCCGACAAGGGCUGGUCCCUACUGGAGGAGACCCCCGUGCUGGCCAGCCAUAUGGGUCACCUUCCUGACCUCUUGGGGGAGAAGGCAUUCAGCAGGAAGUGCCCCGGUGAAGGGACAGAGGCUGCCAGCCCCCCGCCUCUUCCCGGCAAGAUCAGUGAAUGCGGUGUCACUUUUAUGGGCAACCUGUCUGAGGAUGAACUUGAAAUCAAAAGACUGGUCGCCGAGCUGGAAAGUCAGCUACAGAGUAAAGGCACACACGAGACCCCCGAGCUGCCGUGUGUGGCUGGGCACUCGGGCAGGACGCAUGCGGGCACGGGGGCCCCUCUACCCUCCCACCGGGCCGCCUCGCCCUCCAGGGACACCUUCUCCAAGCCCGAGGCCGAGCUCACCGGUCUUGGGGAAUCGAGUGCAGGCCCAGAAGGGGCGGGAGCAGCAGCGGCCGCCACGGAAAGGAUGCUAAGGAUCGAGUGUGAGGAGUGGCCCUCAUCCCGCACGGGAGAAGCCGCCCUUUCCCCUGCUGCGCGUGCGGACGUGGCAUCCGGGGCUCCUGUGAGCCUCAGUGGGGCCGACCACAGCUUCCAAGCAGAGCAGAGAGCCAGAGUCUCCGACACAGGCCCCCCAACGGCAGAAGGGGACUGUGGCCUCCACCCGGAAGUCUCUCUGUCCGGCUCUAGAGGGCCAUUCAAACCUCCACUGGACGGGAGGAGCUUAGCAAAGCGCAGCCCGGACUGUGAGCCUUUUCUUCCUAAAAAUAACAGGGCCACCGGGAUGCACCAGAGCGAAACCCUGCUGUGCCUUCCCUGCACACAGGUGCAAGGGCCCUGCCUAGAGACCCCCAAGCUGGAAGCAUUUUGGGGCGCCACCCCAUCCUGUGGUGACAGUCACAGAGACGCUCCCAAGGGAUCCUCUGGAAGCAGAGCAGGCUGGCCAGAAGGAGCAGGCCUCCCCCUCCCUGGGGUGGGGGGCCCAGGCCUUAAGGCUAACGAGGAGUUUGUACCCGUGGGGGCCUCCCCAAGUCCUGCCUGUGUGCCCAACACCAGCCCUGGCAGGAGGCCCCAGGACCCAGCCACAAGCCCCCUGCGUCAGCUCCAGCUCCUGGUGGCCAGAGCAGCUGGGAAGGAGGAGGAUGCCCUGGGCUCACAGGGGCCCCCAUCCACUGACACCCAGAGCCCUCAGUGCAGUGACCCCUCAGAUCUGGAAGGGGACAGUGUGCAGGGGGGGAACAUGGCCUGCAGCCCCACCCAGGACGUCCCAGGGAGGGUACCGAUGGCAGCCAUCCCUGCAGUGGCCGGAGGUCAGUUGGGGCCCGAGGCUGAUGGACAUCCGGACUCACUCGGCCGGGCUGAGAAGCCCGAGGGCCAAGGCAGAACAAGCAGACUGCAGCCAGAUAACCGGGGGAGCCUGGUGGGGCCGGACAACCUCUCCACAGUCAACGCCAAUCCUCUAGCUGCCCUGACCAGGCCGGCCGGGGGCGCAGACCAGCUAGGGGGACAGCUCCAGGGAAAUGGAGCGGUCUUGGGCCUUGGAAAAGAGGCAUGGGCCACCCCAAGCCCCGCCUCCUCUGAUGCAGAGUCUUUGGUAGCAGCCCACGCCCAAACUGGGCCGGGGGCCGGGACCUCAGAGGAGGCAGCCAGCCCAGCACCCCCUGUAGGGGACCAGUUGCCCUUGCCCACUCCCGCAGCCACCCCCAUGCCCUCUGGCCCAGAGCACCUGCCCCAGAAAGACCCGUCUCCAGGUAAGCAGAGGGGGCUGCUCCUGGCACGUCCAUCCUGCAGGGAUCCCCCCAGCCGGCGGCCCCCACCCAUCUGUUCUCCUGCCGGGGCACCUCCACGAAGGACAGCCUGCACCCCAGCCGCCACAGAUGCUGGGGCCAGGCGAGCACCAGCAGUGCCCCCGUCUUUGAGGACAAGCCCCUGUGGCUUCAAGGAAAGCCUGGCUCACCAGCCCCUCCUGGGGGACCAGAGCCCCCCAGCAGACCCUCCCUUGGGCCAGCCUGGCUUCAUCAGUAUCUUCACUCCCACCCAGGGGGAGGACCACCCUGAAGGCAGCACGUCAGGACCUCUAGAGGAUUCCAGAAAAGAGAAGCCAAGGAGACCUCCUGCCUCGGCCACCCCUCCUCCCCCAGUGAGGGCCAUGUCCCCGAGAGUGACCAUGAAAGUCACUGCCCUUCCCGACAUUCCCGCCCCAGAUGACUGGCCAGACUGCCCCUGCAGGCGGGCCACACCCCACACCAGCCCCAAUGGCAUGCCCACGGGACCCCCCUCUUUGGAACCCCCAGGCGACAGCGAAGGCCAGGGUGUCACCUCUCUGCCCGCUGACCAUUCCACAUGGGGGGCCACUGGGCCAGAUUCCUGUGCCUGCCAGGAAGGCGAGGCGGGGGCCAGCUGCUCUGCUGUGACGGCAUCUGGAGCUGGCAGUGGGGGGCCCCCAGCGACCCGCCCCUCCACAGAGCUCCACCAGGACAGAAUCCCAUCUCCCGGCUGCACAGCCAGUGACUCCAGACCCAGCUCCCCCCAGAGCCUCAAAAAUGUUCACCGUACACCCCGGAGGGACCCCCUCAGCCCCCAGGGCACCAGACCGAAGCCUCGUGGCUUUAAAAAGAAGCCUGUGUCCACAGAAAAUGGCCACUGGAAGGACCGAGCCCCCAGCAAGCGGCCCGUGACCUGUGAAGUGUGUGCAGCCUCCUUCCGCUCCGGGCCAGGCCUGAGCCGCCACAGAGCCAGGAAGCACGGGCCGCACAGGGCUGCUGCCUCCCAGCCGGCCCCCCCGGCCCCACCUGCUCCCCAGCCCCAGGCAUGCCAGCCCCCCGGGAAGAAAAGCCGCAGGGCACCUGGGAAGGAGAAACCGAGGCAGGCACUGAGCGGCCCCAGCCACGUUCUCGGGCCGCCUCCUGACCAGGGUGCCGAGGCUCGUGCAGAGGCAUCGGGUCCCCAGAUGUCCCAGGGACCUGGCAGGGAGGGGUGCAGCGUUCUGGGAGCACCAGGCUGCACCCCUAGCCGGGAACCACACCCCCCAGGCCUGGACGAGCCAGGAGUGCACAUGAGGCCUACAGAGCCCAGGAAACAGGACCAGCUGGUAAAGGACGAACCCUGUCCCAAGCAGACAGAGAAAGGGGGAGGCCAAAGGCGGGGCAGAGUGCCCACGGACGUCCCCGGCAGGCCAGAGAAGACAUCACAGGAAAAGGCGAGGAAGCCCAGAGCAAGAAGGUUCCGGGAGGGGAGUGGUCCUCCAGUCUCUCCUGGUGUCAUAACAGACAAAUUCUGCUGGGACCCAUCCGCUGCCGUUGCCAGUUCCCCGGGGCUUCCGGGCAGCCAAGAACCUGACACCGACGCCCGCUGGCCCCGGGUGAUGGAGAGCGUGGAGGACACAGAGGAGGAGACGCCAGCACGGAAGUCACCCCAGGAUUGCAUGGCCCGCCCAGGGGGGAUGGAGGGGGGGCCUCCUGGGAACGGGUCGGGGGGACAGAGGACGGCCUUGGCAAGGGGGUGCUGGGGACCCAGGGAGACCAGGACGUCAGAUCUCUACAAAGAGUCAUCGUGGGCAGCCAGGUCUGAGCCCACAGGGGACAGCAGAGCAGCUGAGGGUGGGGCGAGGCAAGGCGUUGCAGAGGGGUGUGAGCCCCCCUCGGGUCCCCCAGGCCGUCCUGAGACCUGUACCCCUGCCGAUGGCACCAGCAGCAGCUGCCCCCAGGGCCCCUUGCUCAACCCGAAAGCGCAGGCCAGGCUCCAGGAGCAUGAGGGCACUGCCCCUGCAGCCCCCAGCCCCGGCCUCGGGGACCCUCUGAGCGUGUUUGAUGACGAGGCCUCCUUUUCUCGGCUCUUCCCUCUGGGCGGCCGCCUGACUCGGAAGAAGAACCCCCACGUCUACGGGAAGCGCUGUAGACAGCCAAAGACCCCGCCGGCGCUGGAGCCCCGAGGCGAGGCGGGGGGUGGUGUCCCGCUGGCCUCCGCCCACCCGCCCACAGACCUCAGCGACUCGGGCUCGCUCUGCCUGUCACACGAGGACCCGUGGGGUGACGAGGCCACGGGUCUGCCGGAGUCCUUCCUCCUGGAGGGCUUCCUGAGCAGCAAGGUGCCUGGCAUUGACCCCUGGGCCCCCAGCCCCAGCCUGUGGGCCCUGGAGCCUGACCCCGAGGCGGACCGGGCGGAGGGCGUGCCCCACGGCCGCGCCGAGGACCACCCAUCAGAGAACAUUCCCGAGCUGCACAUGGUCCCAGCGGCUUGGCGAGACCUGGAGCUGCGGGGCCCCACCGAAGAGAUGGCCUCUUCUCUAGGCGACGCGAGCCCGGAGCCCCCGGACCUGGAGCGAGAACACUAUGACGGCGAGCUUCCCGGGAACGCAGUGGAUCUUGAGAUGCUCAGCGCCAAACUGGAGGUGCAAGAUCUGUGCUUCCUGGGGCCCCGUGAAGACCCCGCGGGCGACCCCGGCACCAGCUUCUCGGGCUCCCGGGGGCCGCAGAGCAAAAGGGCAGAGGGUGCGGCUGCGGCAGGAGGGGCGCCAGGCAGGGAGCGGCACGCCAAGGCCAGGAGGGCGUCCUACAAGUGCAAGGUGUGUUUCCAGCGCUUCCGCGGCCUGGGCGGCCUGGACCUGCACAAGCUGGCCCACAGCCCCUCGCCGCCGCCCACCUGCUACAUGUGCGUGGAGCGCAGGUUCCGCUCGCGGGACCUGCUGCGCCAGCACCUGCAGGAGAAGCACGUGCAGGGCAAGGCGGGGCGCUGGGCCUGCGGCAUGUGCCUGAGGGAGGUCGCCGACGUCUGGAUGUACAACGAACACCUGCGGGAGCACGCCCUGCGGUUCGCCCGCAAGGGGCAGGCGCGGAGGUCUCUGGGGGACUGGGAGGCGGACGGCACCGUCACCCGCUUCCUGGGCAGCAUCAUGGGACAGGCGUCCGGGCCCGGCGGGGGCAAGCGCUCCGUCGGCAAGGCACGGGGCGACCCCGCGGGGGCGUCGGGGCAGCCGACCGGGGCGGGGAAAGAAUUCCGGAGGGAGAGGGCGAAACCCAAGGCUCCCGCCAGCCAUUCCGACCGAGAUGGCACCGCGGCCCCAGCCGGGGCUUUGGCGGACCGCGGCCCUCUGAGCGGCUCCGCCGAGACGUCCCCCGGCCUGUCCCCUGCCCCCUGCCCCCACAGCGAGCCCCUCCUCCGCGCCGUGUCCGUGCACGUGCACGAGGGCUGCAAAGACCCCUCCCGAGACUGCCACCACUGCGGGAAGCGCUUCCCCAAGCCCUUCAAGCUGCAGCGCCACCUGGCGGUGCACAGCCCUCAGCGCGUCUACCUGUGCCCCCAGUGCCCGCGGGUCUACGCCGAGCCCCGCGAGCUGCGCGCGCACCUGGCCGGGGCGCACGGGGCGAGGGAGGAGCCGGAGCUGCAGCACACCCCGCUCUACGCCUGCGAGCUCUGCGCCGACGUCACGCACAUCAGCAAGCGGUCCUUCGUCUGCAGCUCCUGCAACUACACCUUCGCCAAGAAGGAGCAGUUCGACCGGCACAUGGACAAACACCUACGGAAGGGGCAGCAGCCCUUUACGUUCCGCGGCGUGCGGAGACCCGGCGCCCCCACGCAGAAGGCCCCGGCGCGCGAGGGCGCCCUGCCCAGCAAACGGCGCAAGGUGGCCCCGCCCAGCAGCCCUCCGGGGCCUGGCGGCGCCGACAGGCCUCUGUCCUGGGGCAGCCGCCCCACCCGGAGCGAGGGGUCGCUCCCAGCCCUGCCGCAGCCCUGCCCAGAGGCGGCUCCUGGCACCACCAGGGGGCAGCCCAGGACCCCAGAGAGGCCUGUAGACCCUGUGGGCCACCCGGUCACAGGGGGCGAUGUGCCCUCUGACCUCCGGGAGCUCCUGCCCCCGGCCCUGUCCCCUUUCCCGGCCGCCUCCGCAGAUGGCAAAGAUGGCCACAAGCCGGACGGAGCCGCGGAGAGCUCCGAGGAUGAGGCUUCUCCAGGCGGCCCUGGGCCUCUUCUCCAGCAGGCUCUCCCUCUGGGGGGAUCUUUGCCCCGGCCAGGGGCCAGAGGCCAAGAUGGAGAGGAAAAGAGGGCUGCCGGCCCAUUCUCAGGGAGAGGCCGGGCCCCCGGUGCCUCCGGCAAAUGUGCCCCUGAAGACGGCCUGGAAGCCCCCUCCCUGCUCCCAAAGGAGAAGCAGGUGCCCACAAGCCCCAUGCUGCCUGAGGCAGGUCCAGGGAGCCCCUCCCACAAAGGCAGUGCCAUCAAGGCUUUGGGCUGCCGGAGUUUGUCAAAGGACAGAUCGGUUUUGCCCACCCCCAGCAAAGCUCCCAGGUUCCCGGGGCAACGGAAGAAGGCUGUGGCCAGUCCGACAGCCCGAGAGCUAGCCCAUGGCACUGAGGACAGGCCGAAGCCCACCGCCGCCAAAGCCAAGCCGAGCCCCAGCUCCCAGGGAGUGGGGAGCCCACGGCACAGCACCAAGACAGCAGGGGGCAGCCGGCCCCAGCCGGCCAGCGGGCAGCUCCAGAGUGAGACAGCCACCACCCCAGCCAAGCCCAACUGCCCAGGCCAGGGCCCCGCCCCAGACAAGCAUCCCCCUCGAGCCCCAGCCAAGGGCUCUCCCAAGGGGCCAAAGGAGGCCGGUGACCAGGGGCCCCGGGGGAGCCUGGGCCCCAGGGAAGAUGGGGCGGUCAGUGAGAAGAAGAGGAAGGGCCGGGCCCCAGGGCCAGCCAGGAGUGAAAGUGUGAGGAGCCUGGGGAGAGCCCACUUGGUCCCUGACAAGCCCCCCCGGGCCCCCCGGAAGCAGGCGACACCCAGCCGUGUGCUCCCCACCAAGGCCAGGCCCGGUAGCCAGAAGGGCACGAUGCCACCCCAGCCCUCAGAGCAACAGCGGCAGGCGGGGCCCGGCCACACCCACGGGGACUGCAGGCGCCCCAAGGAGGGGCAGGGCAAGGCCUGUGCCCAGGGGAGACCCCUGCACAGGCCCCCCAAGAGGGACAGAGCUGUCCACGGUGCUGAACCUGCCAACCCCCGUGCCUGCCGGACCGCCGAGUCCCAGAAUGACCUCCUCAGCCAGCUCUUUGGGCAGAGACUAACCAGCUUCAAGAUCCCUCUAAAGAAAGACCCUUCAGAGUAA